AAAAAAACAAGGAGGCGGAGAAAGGAGGGAGGGGAAGGGAAAUCAUUUGCAUGCCGGCACCGGAUUGGAUCGCGUGUCCGCUUCAUUUGCAUAAGACGUCACCCGCCCCUCCUUCACCUCCUGAGUAGAACCGCAGCCGAUUCCGUUCAACAGCACCGUGAGUUCAUAGCAGAGGGAAAACAACAGAAAAAAAAGGUUUAUUUAUGAAAAAUGUAAGGUUUUAUUUUAUGUAAAUAAAUCGCUGGAGUCUCGCUAUGGACAAAGCCAGUCAAGAAUAAGCGGUUUUGGCCGUGUCAGGACGCUGUUUAAAGAGUCAAACCAUGAACUACGUGGGGCAGUUGGCAGGGCAGGUGUUUGUGCAGGUGAAGGAGCUGUACCGCGGCCUGAACCCGGCGACGCUGUCGGGCUGCAUCGACGUCAUCGUGGUGCAACAUCCCGACGGCUCCCUGCACUGCUCGCCCUUCCACGUCCGCUUCGGCAAGAUGGGAGUGCUGCGCUCACGUGAGAAAGUGGUGGACAUCGAGGUGAACGGAGAGCCCGUUAGCCUGCACAUGAAGCUGGGAGAAAACGGCGAGGCCUUCUUCGUCACCGAGGCCGAGGACGAUCAGGAGGCACUGCCUUCCUACCUGGCCACGUCCCCGAUCCCGUCGUCGUCCUCGUCCUCCUCUCCUGUCCUGACCCUGAAUCCCGAGAGCGGAGGGAUGAAGCGCAGGAGGAAGAGGAGGAGGAAGUCCAAAGUGGACAGCUUGAAGAGGGAGACGAGCGAAGAGUUCUCGGAGUGCGAGACGGUCUUCGCCAUCGACAUGAGCUCGCAGGAAGUGGAAGACGAGAACAACAGGACGAUUUUGUUGGAACCAUUGAGUAGUUACACACAGAACAUUGUGUAUCCCCGUUCUGAUGGUGACUGGUCACCUAUACAGAGUCCCAAUGUCUCUCGACCGUGCUCACCUAAGAGCGACUCUGAGCUCAUCACUAAGGCCGAGGAGGAGAAGCAGCAGGACACGGCUAUGCUCUGGGACUGGGGAGAGCUGCCUCAGCCGUCCUUCCUGUCCUCUAAACCCGAUCCUCCUCCCAGUGCACGUCCCAUCUCCAUUCCCGUCUCAGACACCACACACUUCAGGGUCAUCACCGACACGCAAGCUGCUAACAGACCGGGACACACAGGAGCGCCGAGCCUGGAAGACAUGGACCCGGAGACGAGAUCCGCGCCAGAGACGGUGGCAACGUUAGCAGCGUCUCUGGCGUCGGACGACGAGGAGAGGGGCAUGGCCAGCACAGGGCCUUGCUCACAAAGCAAAACCGAUUCACCUUCAAAGAAAAAAGAUAAGAGGAGCCGCCAUCUUGGCUCUGACGGCGUGUAUCUUGAUGACAUCACAGACCUGGAGCCGGAUGUGGCGGCGCUCUACUUUCCCAAAAGUGACAGCAGCGGUGCAGGGCGUGCGUGUUGCGAGAGUGCAUUACGCAGCACAAGCGUGUCUCCUCCGUCUUUGGGAAGCUCGGGAGCGGACAGCGGCAUGGACAGUUACUCAGAUCAGCCCACUGACCUGCCCUCUAUCGCCCUUUCCCUGUGUGGAGGACUGACAGACAGCCGAGAGAUCACUAAAGAGCACUUUCAGAAGAAAGCCCUUUCCUACCAGCAGUUCGCUGAGAACCCCACUCUAAUAGACGACCCCAACCUGGUGGUCAAAAUCGGCUCCAAAUAUUACAACUGGAGCACCGCCGCACCCAUCCUGCUGGCGAUGCAAGUCUUUCAAAAACCACUGCCGAAGGCCACCGUGGAGAAGAUCAUGAAGGAGAAGAUGCCGAGGAAAGGAGGGCGCUGGUGGUUCUCGUGGCGAGGGAGAGGCAACAGCUCCAAAAUGGAUUCUACAACCAUCAACGGACCUCCUGGAGGAGAAGAGCAUGCUGGGAAUUUGGCUUCCCUCAACAGGCGAAACGACGAAUCCUCGUCCUCCAGUGAUGAGGAGCACCAAUCAACCAAACCGACGAGCGGCUCCACCCAAUCAGAGGCCUCGCUAUGCCAGAAGGGCGUGUCUUACAGGAAAACGCUCCGCCUGACAUCUGAACAGUUGAUUAGACUGCAGUUAAAAGAAGGCCCGAACGACAUGAUGUUCAGCGUCACCACUCAGUACCAGGGCACGUGUCGCUGCGAAGGAACCAUCUACCUGUGGAACUGGGACGAUAAAAUAAUCAUCUCUGACAUCGACGGCACCAUCACCAGAUCGGACACACUCGGACACAUCCUGCCCACUCUGGGGAAAGACUGGACACACCAGGGCAUCGCUCGCCUCUUCCACAAAGUCAGCCAAAACGGCUACAAGUUCAUGUACUGCUCGGCGAGGGCGAUCGGCAUGGCGAACAUGACCAGAGGGUAUUUACACUGGGUGAACGAGAGCGGCACCAUGCUGCCUCAGGGUCCCGUACUGCUCAGUCCCAGCAGCUUGUUCUCAGCACUGCACCGGGAGGUGAUCGAGAAGAAGCCGGAGAAGUUUAAGGUGGAGUGCUUGACCGACAUUAAGAACCUGUUCUAUCCAAACACACAGCCGUUCUACGCUGCCUUCGGAAACAGAGCCACGGACGUGUUUUCAUAUAAGGAAGUGGGCGUUCCAAUAAACAGAAUCUUCACUGUCAAUCCCAAAGGAGAGCUGGUGCAGGAACACGCCAAGACCAACGUGUCCUCGUACGUGCGUCUGGGUGAGGUGGUAGAUCACGUCUUCCCCCUGCUGAAGAGAAUGAGCUCGUCGGAUUUCCCCUGCAGCGACACGUACAGCCACUUCACUUUUUGGAGAGAGCUGCUCCCUCUGGUGGACGAGUGUCCAGGCGCAGAGAACAUAGGAAGAACACACACAGAGAGCGGCGGAUCUUGACGUAGCUUCCACGAUUAGAUCUUACUCUGCACUUUUUUUCAUAUCACGCCAGCUAUCUGAGAUUUUAUUCCGCAUUCCAGACUCACGAGAGCCGAGCAGCCGUUUAUAUUUUGAUGUGCCUUUUUUUUUUUUUUUUUAAAAGAUUAUGUGUGGUGUUUAAGUUUUCUGUUCAUAAACGUGUUUUUUAUUAUUAUUUCCCAAACGCAUUCCGUCAAAUCAGGCGCGAGGAGAUUCUCGCCAAUGCGUACGAACCGCGUUGUUUUGUUUUGUCUUAAUUUCACAAGAAAGGAAAAAAAACUAGUCAUAACGACAAAGGGGAACGACUCUUUAGAGCCGCUAGGAUAUGACCGUAAACGGUCCAAAAGCACUUUGUUAACGACAAUAUGCAAGAAUUGUAAGAAGAACAACACAACUUCACAUGGAUGUGCUGUUACAGGAAUGUUACGGAAGCGAAAAAUGGGGAGAAAUGGGAUUUCUGGGGAAAAAAAGGACACAUGGAAUGCUGCUGUAACCUUGUUUUUAUUUAACUCCAAAUUACGGACAAAUACCGUCUUUCUGAAAGAUCACACCUCAAACAUCUAAUGCACAGAAAAUAAAUGUAGAUGCUUUUAGGUCGACAAACACA